AUGACAGCAUACAGCCGGGUAUCAAUCUGUAAUACACCGAUCGAUAACAAAGGACGGAAUGGAGGCCCCAGUGAGAUUGAGGAAUCCAUUCCACCCUUCUGGAUCCGUGGCAAGCCUGCAAGUGGCAAAUCUACACUGGUCAACUACUUGGUAAAAUGCGUAGCGCUUCAGCAAACACUCAAGAGUCGCUUUCAAAAACGUUACGUUGUUAUUCAAUUCUUCUUCGACUUCCGUCAGAAAAAUGACCUCCGGAACAAUUUCAAAGGCCUACUUCUGGCCUUUUUGUACUGUUUAGCUCAGAAGAUUCCAGAGCUAGGCCCCCAAAUCAAGGAAUCCGAAUGGCAAGAUGUGGCACAGUAUCACAAAUGGCCGGCUUCAGAACUGCAAAGGAUCGUGAAUGAAUCAAUUAAGAAGUGCUCCGAGUCCGUUAUCAUGUCCAUUUUUGUAGACGGUCUUGAUGAGUACGAAGGCAAUAUGCUCGACCUGGCAGACUUCCUACGGAAUCUGAGUUUCACUAAGAACGUCAUGUUGUGUAUCGCCAGUCGCCCACAUGAGACUCUGGAUGUAAUUUUCGAAGGUGUGCCAACCCUGGAGAUGCAGAAAUGGAAUUUAGAUGGCUUGCAGAAAUUCGUUAGGUUGACGUUACAGCGGGCACAAAUCAUACCAUCCACGAAGAGGCAAAACCGACAUACUCAAGAAGUAGAAAAUGCAAGGGCAAUUGUAGGUGCAAUUGCAGAGAAGGCAGAGGGGGUCUUUCUAUGGGCCAGUUUCGCGAUGAAUGAACUACCAUUGAAGUGGUUUAGAGGAGAGCACGACAUUGCGUUACUGCUGCAAAGCCUGGAGCGGUUGCCACCGAAGCUUGAGGAUAUCUGGAUUCAGAUGUUUGACCGACUGGUACCUGAGGAGAGAGAAGAGGCCGUCAUCUUGAUGCAGCUGGUCUGCUUCUCUGAGAGAGAGCUCACACUUAGCGACCUUCUAGGAGCAAUGCAACAAAUUCUCAGACGCCCAGAGGCCCUAAUGGGCGCCAUUACAGACGACAAACUCUCUCUACUAGCAAGGAGACUUCCUAUUGUGACGGGUGGCCUUCUGGAGGUUGUGGAGACUCGCGAGGAUCUUGACGUCGAUGGACUCUCCGAACCACCGGCUUUGUCUCGGGCCCGUUCCCUUUUCAUGACCAAUGAUACGAUCGCUCCUUGGGCCGACUCAGGGCUUCUUUGUGGCUCAUGCAACAAGGUAAUACUGAUUGGCGAAACUUCCACUCGAUGUUCUACCUGUAAUGGGAAGGAAUUAUGUAUAAGUUGUGUCGCAUUUGGGAAGAAGUGUCAGAAUGCAAGUCAUGGGAUGACUAAGGGAACUGCACAAGCAAGAGCAUCGCCAUUGACUUUAAGAGACACAAUCGCAUACCUUGCUAGGUCUCCCACUAGGCGAGGAAGCACGAGUUUCGAAAGGUCGUCAGAAUCCGAUUUUGAUGAAUCUCCAUCUGACUCGGAUGCAAGUGAAAAUGUACCAACGCAAGCCCGCUGGUCUCCAAGACCAACCCGACACUCGACAAUUAAGUUAGCACACAAAACAGUCCGAACAUACCUAGAUCAAAAGGGAUGGGCCCAGCUCGAUAACGGACGAUCUUCACCCCUCGCUCCAGAAGCUCUCUGGCUGAAAAUUUGCGUCGGAGUGAUAUCCGACAACACUUUAUCCGCGCAUCGAGCGUCAUGUGCGACUCGAGACCAAAGACAUAAUCGACAAAAUAAGUAUUGUUCAGUACAUGGAUGCGUUUCCGAAGGAGUGUGGCAAAUUUUCACCGAAUUCUGGACAAAGCCAAACUCCCGUUCGGAUCGACUGGUGGCAUAUGCUCUGAGCAACUGGGCAGCCCAUGCAAAGGCUUUGGAGCAAACUAGGAACAUCUCAUCCUACACGUACUUGAAAUCUAUCAUGUGCCCCGAAAUCAUCUAUCUCCACCAAAGUUUAGGGGGCUGCCAAAUCAAAGGCUGCUUGCGACUGCCGUUUCUAUUAGUCCCGACUUUGAUCUCAAAUAUCCUUCCAGCCUUUGCCGCGCUGCAUGGUCUCAGUCUGUACUUCCAAGAGUAUGUCUCUCAAGAGUCUCAUCGAAAACCACUUGGCUUGUCGACUGGAUCCAAUUAUGCAAGCGGAUCGGAAUUAAAAGGCAAUAUAUUGCGCUGGGCGAUCCGCUUUGCAAAUGAACACAAGAGCGGGAUGCGGGGCAACUAUGUCGACGACGGCUUCGACGAAAAGAUCAUUCGAGCAGUUUUAAACUACGACUCUGAAAUCCGCGACGUGGAUCUUCUUCUAGCUAUUCAAGGCGCCUCUGCCAAAGUCGUGAAACUUCUCUUUGAAGAAAUCCCCUCUGAGCGAUCGACCAUGCUAUACAGUGAUCUUGCCUGUAUAACAAAUGAUCAGUGUAAGGCGGCGGGGUGGAAUUGGAUUGUGGCCCGUGAAGCUGUUCAAGACAUUGAAGCUGUUAUAGGCUCCUCUGCCACAUCCGUGCAAAUUGUUCCUGAAGACUUCAACUUUGAGCCAUCACUGGUGCUAUACAAUGAUCUAGACUCUAUAACAAAUGGGUUUGAUCCCUGUACCCCCGUGGGUUGGAUUUGGGUUGUGGCCCAUGAAGCUGUUCAGGAUAUUGAAGCCAAAUUGGAUUUCUUUAUUGAUCAGGGAGGUGAUAUUGAUGCGCGAUGGGCCGUCAAUGAAUCAGCCAUGCAUGGGAAUUUGCAGAGAGAAAGAGGCCCGGAUAAAUACUUAUUCAAAGUUAAAAGAUUGCUUCAGGCGAAAGGUUCUGAGAUCAAAGCCGACGAGCAAUUUUAUGCUGAGAUAGCGAGGAUGACAAGCGAUUCUCGGGCGCGACAAAAGAAACCAAAGAUUCUGGUAGAUCAAACCGAUUCCUGUCUCGAUUGA